AUGUACAGUCGCGCGCGUAGGGUGACAGAUCUGUGCACUGGAAGUGUGAGCACCACCACUGUGGGUCCGGGUUCCUACAACAUCCAUACACCUGCUCCAGAGAAAACCAAUUCUUUUGCUCCAUUCCUGUCCAUGGCUUCCAGGCCAUCUGUGUUUGACAAGUUAGACAGUGCAGUGUCUUCUCCUGGGCCAGCUGAUUAUAAUGGAGUCCAUACCUGGGCUCCUGUUCCUGGUGGCCAUUCCGUGCAGAACCACUCCCGGCGUUUUCAGGAGGUGGAGUCAAACAUUCCAGGUCCAGGAACCUAUGACAUCAAUCAGCCCUGGGGAAAGAAGCUCCAUCCACCCACCACCAGAGAUAGGGAGAUUAAGCAUGCGAGGUCAUUGGUCCACUCAGCUCCCUCCAUCCCGUCUUCCAGUCAGGCGUUUGGGUAUGAGGAGAAUGAGCAAGGGGAACUGUGCAAACAGAAACCUCCCACAACUGACCAGAGCCUUGGCCCUGCCUACUACAAUCCCACCCAGGUAGAAUCCAUGUAUAAAGGAGUUCACUUUGGCCAAAUGACAGGGAAAAGGACAAAGAUGAAGGUGGUGGAAGGACCUGGACCAGGACACUACUAUCCAGAACAAGAUCACUCUGUGCGCUAUGAGAAUAUUAAUUUGAAACAAGAAAUGAAAAUUCAAGCUGAGUUGCAGAUUCCUCGGUAUCAUGAGCUCCUUGUACUGCAGGCAAACAAAAAGUGUGUUCCUGGCCCUGGUCAGUAUGAUGUUAAGGGACAGUUUGAGAAGAUAAAUGGACUGACUGUGUCCAGAGCAGCAUUUAUGUCACAUAUACCGCGGUUCUCCUCAGUGAAAGAUGUGGCACCCCCUGUUGGUUCCUAUAAUGAUCCUCGCUGUGCUCUGGAGAGUCUGAAGAAACCUAGUGGAGUGAAGAAAAGUCCUUUCAACCUUACUGCAGCUCGAUUCAUUUCUGAAAACAGAAAAAACAACACACCAGGGCCGGGAGCAUACAACAUGAUUAAUUAUGGUCUGGCAAGUGAAAGUCUUAAGAAAGCUCAUUUAGAGGGCAAGAGGACAGGCGGCUUUGGCUCAACAGCCAAGAGAACCACCAUCUUCAUCAAUAGAAACACUGAACCAGGACCAUCACACUACAUGGUGGAGAAGAAAAGUGAGGAGUUCUACAAGCAACAGCCUACAGCAGUCUUUAAAUCAGCAAUUGAGCGACUUCCUGCAACUCUGGUGGCUAAGGACACACCUUCUCCAAGUUCUUACAAUGUGCAGGAAGCAUUUGAUAAAAUAUACAGACAAGGACGACAUGGUGAACCUCGCACAAAAGCAGCACAAAAACGCCAGAGCUGCUUUUUAAGCACUGCCCCACGAAGCUCUUCCUUCUCCUAUGAUCGGCACAUCCCAGGUCCAGGUCACUACAGUCCAGACAUUAAGUCUAGCCAAUGCUUUUCUCUCAUUGGCUCUAAUGAAGAUCGAUUUAAAGAACCUAAACACACAACACCUGGACCAGGAGCAUAUAUGCUGAGCCCUUUAUUUUCAGACACUUUACUCAAGCGUUCCUUCAAUGUGACCCUCCAAAUCCCUAUGAUGUUACAUGCACUAGCUCCACCUCCUCAGCAUGACAAGAAAGCUGCACUUACCUUCACCAGUGCUUAAAUACCC